AUGGUUGGGGGUAUUGUAAUACCACUGGUUAUUGAAGAUCUUCCUGGUGUAUCGGUUCCACAAGAGCAUAACAGUGUUUCAGAUGAUGCGGUUGCACUUGCACCUGUUGGAUACAAGGUUAAUAAUCGUCUUCGCUUUACUGCACUCUUGAAAGAAUUUCUUAAUCCUAUUAAAGUAUCCGCUGAGGAAUUUUUCUCUGAGUGGAGAUUACUAGCCAGACCUCUGAAACUUCAAGAAGUGGUUAAAGGUGUGAAUUUGAUGGCGUUGGAAGAAAUAACAAAAUUGUUCGAUAGUUUGAGGUUGAUGGUUUGUCCUGGACUGGAUCCAAAUGCAAAUAAUCUAGUUGCAAGCACAGACUUCUACUCCAAGGAUAUAGGAGCCAUGUUAUGCUUGAUAAGAAUUGAAACGGAUCCAACUGACAGAACGCAGCUCCGCAUGACAGUUGCGUCAAGGAAUCCAACACUAACAUUCCAGUUGAAGGAAUUCAUCAAGAAAUAUGUGGUUAGGAUUGAUACAGCCGCCAAGCAACCACCACGACCUCUGCCAACUUCACCAGGAGGACCUUCGAUAGCCUUAGCAGGUGCACCUGUUGGAGACCAGGAUAUUACUGUAAAGCCAAUAAGAGAUAUAGCAGAAGGAUUCUAUGCUUUAUGCCUCAAAGAUAUGGGAGUCCUGUAUGAAGAUCCUUAUAUUCAGAUUGGCAUCAAAGCAGAAUGGCAAAAACACUAUGGCCGCAUUGUACUUUUUUUGGGAAACAAGAAUGCUAGUGCCCCACUUGAAUCGGUACAUGUGGUGAUAUUACCUCCACCCCAUUUGAAGUUGGAGUUUUCAUUAGUACCAGAAACUAUACCUCCACGUGCACAGGUUCAAUGCCCACUUGAAGUGAUAAAUCUCAACCCAAGUUGCGAAGUUGCGGUUCUUGAUUUCUCCUACAAGUUUCAAAAAAAAUUGGUUAUUAAUAGACUUCGCCUUCCUACAGUCUUGAACAAAUUCUUGAAUCCGAUUCAAGUAUCCGUUGAGAAUUUUUUCUCCCAGUGGAGAUCACUGGCUGGACCUUUGAAACUUCAACAAGUGGUUAGGGGUGUGAGACCAAUAUCAUUGGAAGAAAUGGCAAAUUUGUUCAAUAGUUUGAGGUUGAUGGUUUGUCCUGGACUGGAUAUAAGUGCAAAUAAUAUAGUUGCAAGCACAACCUUCUAUUCCCAGAGUACAGGAGCCAUGCUAUGUUUGGUAAGAAUAGAAACGGAUCCAGCUGAUAGAACGCAGAUCCGCAUGACAGUGGCAUCAAAGAAUCCAACACUAACAUUCGAGUUGAAGGAAUUCAUCAAGGAACAUUUAGUUAUGAUUCCUACAGUCACCAAGCAACCACCACAACCUCAGCCAACUAUGCCGCCACAAAUUGUUGAGCUUUAA